AUGAGGAAGCUGAUCCACACCAAAUGGAGGGUAGGAAGAACAAUGGGUUGCCUUCAAAUUCUAUUAGGAGGCCUUGUAAUCACCAUCACAACAUUGAGCCUCUUCAAGUUCUACUCAGCUGGGUUCAUCUUCCACAAGGAGGACGUUUGCCGCUACUUCUACACGCCGACAACGACGACGACGAAACAAGUAUACGAGGCAAGUUUCGACGCGAAAGCACUGUCAGAUCGAGUCGAAGAAGUGCUAGAUCAACUAGAAAGCUUGCAAGAUAAACUCGAAUCGGCGGUGGAGGAAAUGGAAAGGGACAAGCAAGCAUUGAUGAAUGGUAAUAUGAGAAGAAUUGAGCAUAAAAAGUACUUGGAAAUGGAAGUGAUUAAGCCUCUUUACAAUGCUCACAUUGCAUUGAGACAAAUUAGAUUACCCAAAGUUGAAAAAAUGAAUGGAAAUUUGAGUGUGAAAGAGGAGCCUUUGAUCAAUAAUUUUGUGGUUGAGGAGAUAAGGAAGUAUAUAAGUCCAAAGAAGAGUAGAACGGGGAAGGUGAAUAUGUAUAUGACUGAGAGUAUAUACAACACAAUUGGACAUGCUUGUGUGUUGGUUAGGAAGGAAUUGGAAGAGUAUAUGAGUUAUGACAUUGGUUCUUAUUGUAAAGAUGAUUGGAACGUGGGUCAGAAACUAAUGCUGAAUGGGUGCGAUCCGUUGCCCCGUCGACGGUGCCUGACGAGAGCGUCGAAGGUGUACCAAAAGCCGUAUGCGGUGAACGAAUCGCUAUGGAAAACGCCCGACGAUCGGAACGUAAGAUGGAGCAACUAUCAAUGUAGGAACUUUUCAUGCUUGUCAAGCAAGAAUCCCAAAAGGGGGUACAACAAGUGUAGUGGUUGCUUUGAAAUGGAGAAGGAGAAGGUUAAAUGGGUGAGGAAUAGUUCGGUUGCGGUGGAUUUUAGGAUAUCGGACGUGUUGGGGAUCAAGGCGGGGGAGAUUCGGGUCGGGUUGGAUUUCGGUAUAAGCACGGGGAGUUUUGGUGCAAGAAUGAGAGAAGAAAAUGUGACAAUUGUAACCACAGCUUUGAACCUUGGAGCUCCUUUCAAUGAGUUUAUUGCUUUAAGAGGGUUGAUUCCUUUGUAUGUGACACUAAACCAACGGCUUCCUUUGUUUGAUAACACAAUGGACUUGAUUCACACAACUGGUUUCAUGGAUGGUUGGGUGGACAUGCUGCUGUUGGAUUUCAUUCUUUUCGAUUGGGAUCGGGUUCUACGCCCGGGAGGAUUGCUAUGGAUCGACCGAUUCUUUUGCGAUCGCAAGGAUCUCGACGACUAUAUCUACAUGUUUCUGCAGUUUAGAUACAAGAAACAUAAAUGGGCUAUUGCUCCUAAGUCAAAAAAUGAAGUCUAUCUAUCUGCCGUCUUGGAAAAACCUCCGAGAGCAAUAUGA